CUAGCAAUGGCUUCCAUCAAACUCCUUGCCACAAUUUUGGUGCUUUCACUCAUUUCUUACUCAACACUCACCCACGCCAAUGGUUGCGCACCCACACCAAAACCAUCUCCAUCCCCAUCCCCACCCACACCAAAACCAACCCCACCCACCCCAAAACCUACACCACCCACUCCAAAACCAACACCACCACCCUCUCCCAAGCCAUCACCACCACCCUCACCCAAGGCAACCCCAACACCCCCACCUGAACGCAAGGCUUGUCCUCCACCAUCAUCACCAUCAUCACAAGGUCAAUGCCCCAAAGACACCUUAAAGCUAGGGGCUUGUGCUGAUCUUUUAGGACUUGUUAACAUUAUUGUUGGAACUCCUCCUUCAAGCAAGUGUUGCGCAUUGAUUAAGGAUUUGGCAGAUUUGGAGGCCGCACUUUGCCUUUGCACCGCCAUUAAAGCCAACGUGCUUGGAAUCAACUUGAAUGUACCGGUCACACUCAGCUUGAUUCUAAGUGCUUGUCAAAAAACUGUUCCUCCUGGCUUCCAAUGUCCCUAGAAUUCGCAUUAUUAUAUGAAGUUUUAUUAUAUAUAUAUAUAUCGUCUCUGUCGUCGGAGAAAUGUUUAAACAUGCACUUACAUAUAGAGUGCCUAUCUAAGCAUUUCCCUCGCAAUAGUUGUUUUUCUAUUCAUUUGUUUUCAUUUAUUAUUGUUGUUAUUUCGAUUUUGUAUCGUGCUUCGCCAAAUUACUAGUUAGGCAAGCUUGUUUGCCUUGAUUGGUCUCCUUGUUCAUUUGUAAUAUAUAAUGAAAUAUUAUAUUAUU